GUUACAAACUGUAGCUGACCACAGGAAGGUGAAUGGCUUGGCCUUUUUAAAAGAAAUGCAGGACCUGGUCGAGGACAUUUGUGAAAUGGUGGACAAAGCAAAAAACUUACAGAAACUUUGGAAAGAAAGAUCAAAGACACCAGGUCCUUCUUAUGGAUCCAGUUUUUUAACAAUGGACCUCAAUAAAACAGAGGAGGUAAUUUCAAAAUUGGAAAGCCUCCACCAGCAGCCUUAUCUCUGGGAUUUUUUACUUUCAUUGCCAAGACUACGUGAAAACCAUGUUCAUGUGGAAGACAUCCUGCCUGUCAUGGUCCACUUUCUCCAGGUAGUUUUGAAUUCCUUAACAUCUCUGGAAGAUUUAGACUGGCUACCACUCAACCAGACUUUCUCUCAGGUUUCUGAACUUGUACUGAAUGUGACCAUCUCGACGCUGACAUUUCUGCAGCAAAAUGGAGUAUCAUUCACUGAGUCAGUUUAUCAACUGUCCCUGCAGAAUAUGGUGUGGGAUCCACAGAAAGUCCAGUCUGAUCUCAAAUCCAAGUUUGGUUUUGAUGAUCUUCAAAUGGAACAAAUCCUGAAUUAUUCAGCUGAGCUAGAGGAGAUUCCCACAGACAGCUCCUUAGAGAGGAUGGUGUGUUCAGUCUUGUCCAGCAUAUCCAAGGACGAAGCAGAGAGAGAAGGCCGUGGUGGAGACUGUCCUCCCAAGUGGUCAGAAGCCAAGAACUAUCUCAUCCACUCGGUCAGCUGGCUGCGACUGUAUGGACAGGUGUUUCACCAGUGGCAACAGGGUGGCCUGCUUCAGAAGAUACUCACAGGUGCUGGCCAUAGUCUGGGGGCCCUCAGGGACCAGCUCGAAGAAGGGGAUGAGCCAUGGAAAGUGGUGGAAGCCUUGCAUACUGGACUGCUCAUCCUGAGUGACAGCUUGGCAUCCAAGGGGCCCGAAGACAGUCUUCACUCUUCACAGAUAUCACAGAGUCUGCAGAAAUUGCAGAGUGUGCUGCAAAGCCUGCCCCAGUGGCCAGACCUAAAGAGAUUGCUGCAGCUGGGUGGUGCUCUCAGGAAUGCAAUAGCCCAGGAUUUGCAUUUCAUCCAAGCAAUCCUCAUUCACCUGGAGACUUCAGCGAACAAUUCUAUGCAGGGCAGACCUGAUCGAUGGAAACUAGAAAAGGAUGUGUUCUUUGAAGGGUUAAAGCAGAUGUUGACGAAGAAUGCUACUGCUCCCUGCCUAAAUGAACGCUUGUCUGAGAAGGAGGUCCCUCUGCCCCCUGGGAUCUGGAGGGACUCCUGGGGACUGUUGUGCAACCAUACCUCCUUCAACGAGACCAGUGUUUUCAACAGGCUACUUGGUACAGUAAAGGAUGUUGACCAUAUUUUGCAAGAGGUCAUUACUGGGCACACAGACAUGCCAGUUUCGGUACCGGAAGAGUAUUUGGGCUGGCAGGAACUGGAGACACAGCUGUCAGAAGUGAGCCUUUCCUGUUCUCAGCUCUUCCAGUUGAAGGGUGCUGUUGCCUCACCUGGGACCCAUGUCUCCUCUGGUGGCUGUGAGCACCAGCUUGUCUCCACCCUGAUGUUUCAUAUGCUUGAAAAAGUACAACCGUCCCUGGAACAGAUACCCUAUGGGAAGGCCUUCCUAGGGCUUCUCAGGAAGACUUGUAAAGUGGCACGAUGUGUGAACAUGCAAGGAAGUUUCCAGGACAGUCUUCUGGCUUUCUCUAAGAAAUCUCCCUGUUAUGCAGAAAACAUGGAUUGGAAAAUCAUCAGUGAUAAUUAUUUUACAUUUUUGAAUGACUUAUUGACUUCUCCAAAAACUUCCAUAUCCAGGGCCUUAAACUGCACAAAGCACCUUCUGGUGAUGGAAAAGAAGUUUCAUGUCUCUGAGGAUGAACAGAUGAACUUUCUUUUAUCAUCUGUGGAAUUUUGGGAGAAAUUAUUACUACCUAAUCCUUUCAACUCCUUCAGGGUUCCCAAAUUCCACAACUCAUCUCUCAACAAGGAAGUUCUAAAUAGAAGUGUUUUGUGGAGUUUAGAGACAGACCCACCUGCUUUUGAAGCUCAGGAGCUUUUAGAAUUUGGGAAAGAGGUGAUUGAAAAACUGCAAACUGGUGGAAGUCACUGGAUGAAGAACCAACCUGAAAAUAUUUUGAGAUUCUUGGAAUUAAUACUUCUUGAAAUUAACCCCAAACUUCUAGAAUUAUGGCUGUAUGGUAUUUCUAAAGGAGAAAAGGCUAAACUGGAAAAUUUUUCUUCACUUUUAAAUUCUUCUGUUCCAGAAAAUGAGAAAAUUUUUAGUAAAAGCAUAAACUUUUCCCAUUUAUCCCACUCAAAUUGGUCAGAAUCACCAGCAGUGAACAUAGAUUUUGUACAUUUAAGUGAAACUGUGAUGAAUAGUCUCUACGAAUUUGGAUUACUUAGGCAGGAACAAGUCUCAGAAGUUCUGGACACGGUCUAUGUUGUAAAGAAUGCAUCUGAUAUUUUCUCAGCCCUCUCUGAACCUCAGAAACAAGAAGUUGAUAACAUUUUGACACACAUAUACCUAAAUGUCUUCAAAGACAAGGAUUCAGCUUUACUUCUGCAAAUUUAUUCUUCCUUUUACCAAUAUAUUUAUAAAUUCUUGAGCCUACGGAGUAGAGAUUCUCUGCUAAUGUACCUUACCCAAAUCUCAAGACAUAUUUUGAACAUCAUAAAGCAAUUUAAUUUCCAAAACAUCAGUAAAGCAUUUGAAUUUUUAUCUGAGACUGCAGAGAUUCUUGGGGGAAUUUCUGAAGUAUCUUAUUGUCAGCAGUUGUUUUCAGUUUUUAACUUUUUGGAGCUUCAAGCUCAAUCCCUGAUGUCUACAGAAGGCCAAGAAUUAGAAGUGAUCCAUGCUACCUUGACAGGCCUCAAACAGCUGCUCAUAGCAGAUGAAGGUUUUCGCAUGUCUUUAUUUCAAUAUGUCAGUCAGCUCUUCAAUGGUUCAGUAGAAGCCCUGUUGGGUGAUGAAUGUUUUGUUUUGGAUAAUGAAACCAUUUCCUCUAUGAAUUAUUUAACAGAUAAGGGAUCUUCAUUUAGUCUUCCAUGGUCACAAAUUUUUUCAGACCUCUCAGCAAAUGUCAGUGUGUUGAAUGAGUUUCUGGCCAUUCACUGUACCAUUUCAUGGCUUCAAAUGUGGACUGAAAUCUGGGGAAGCAUAUCUCAAAUAUUUAAGUUUGACCUGAAUAUCUUCACUUCUCUUCAUGUAGGGCUCACUCAGCUUUUGGAUGAAUUGGAAAAUGAUGUGAAAAUUUCUGAAAGCUGCCAGGGAGUCUUUCCCACCCACCAUGCAGCUAGACUCAUAAUAAAUUUGUUUAAAAGUGUGACUCAAGCUGAUAAUUUUCAGGAUUGGCAUGACUUGCUGGAUCUCAGGGAUCUCUGGGUAGCAUUAGGUGAUGCAUUAGUUGCAGUAAAAUCACUUACCUUGGACCAAGUAGAGAAAACCCUUUUCACCAUGGAAACCACCCUGCACCAGCUAGAGACACUUCCAUUGAGCACAAACACAAGCAGAGAGUUAUUAUAUUCUCUGCUGGAGGUUUUCAUUGAGUUAAGCCAGACCUCAGAAUAUGUGGGUAGUAACGUAGACCCGAUAAAUCAUUUUCUUUUAAAUAAUCUCACAUAUCAUGGAAAUAACAAAUUUCAAAGUGUGAUCACUGAGCUAAGAGAAACAAUAUUAGUUCUUAGAAAUGUGUCCCAUGAUCAAGAUUUAUUGUCCUGUGCUGAUGUUUUCCAAAAUGUAACUGAGUUGAUUUUAGAAGAAGGCUUAUUUCAUGUAAAUAGCUCUCAGCGGAUAGUACGUAUUCUGGACAUGUUAAAUUGCACAUUCUCCUCUGAGAACACAGUUAGCAAACUGAGAGGAUGCAUGGCAUGGAUAGAUGCCAUCAACCGUUUGUAUGUAAUAUAUAAUUCAAGUUUUUCACAAGGUUAUCUUCACAGUAUUUUGGGGAGUUUCAAAGAUAUGGACAACAAAAUGAACUCUACAUUGAAAAUGGUAACUUGGCUGAUACAUAUAAAGAAACCACUUUGUUCCUUGGGUGAGUCCAACAUAAGUUGUGUAAAUAUUUACUUGGAAGACAUAACUGACUUUCUAAAUAUUGUACUUAAUACAGUCUUUGAAAACGAGAAGGUACCAAAAUUUGAGAUUUUAUUAGCUCUUUUGAAUGAUUCCACAAACCAAGUAAGGAUGGUUAUAAACAACUUAACAAGAGACUUUGAUUUUGUUUCCCAAUCCAACUGGAAGUAUUUUAAUGAAUUAGUUUUAAGACCCAUAGCAAUGUCACAGGAAAUUCCUAACCAGUUUCAAAAUCUUUGGCUGCAUUUGAUAGCACUGGGGAAGGAAAUUCAGAAACUUGUAAAAGAUAUUUUCUCUAAUAUCCUGGAAAAUAAUUCCUCUUCUGAAACUGAAAAUUAUUUUAACAUAUUUGCUACCAGUCCAAAGGAAAAUGAUAUAAAGAGUUUAGGCAAUUCAGUUUAUCAUUUAGCUAGUUACCUUGCCUUCUUCAACUUAUCUCAUGAUCUUCAAAACCCACCAGAAACAAUUUCACAUGAACUAAUGAGAGUUGUGGAUCUUGUUAUUCAGUUGAUGAAGAAUGUGUUCAAUUCCUUAGUGCCCACUGUUUCUCACAAUAUCCCACAAAAUUCAGGUCAUGCUCAAGUUUUAAAGAAGGUGGCUUCUCUCAUGCGUACUCUCAAGAAGGCAGACAUAGACCUUUUAGUAGAUCAGCUUGAACACAUUAGUGAAGGCCUUGGGGAUUUCUUCAAGAAUCUCAGUAGAUUAGAUACCAGCAAUUCAGGGGUCAACUUGCUUUUUGGCUUGAUGGAGAAAUUCGCAGACAGCUCCCAUGCUUGGAAUGUCAAUCAUCUGCUCAAGCUCUCUCGCCUGUUUCCCAAGGAUGAUGUGAACACAGUGGUGGAUUUGUAUUAUGCUCUUCCUCAUGUUGUGAGUCUCCUGCAGAGAGUGGCUGACAAAAACAUCACAGAGGCCCUCAAGGAUGUCUAUAACUUCACACUCCUUCACGGCAUCAGCAUUUCAAACAUCACCAAGAAGGACUUUGCUGGUGCGAUAAAAGCUCUUCUGCAUACAAUCACAUUAAUAUCAGACCAACCAGCCAUUGUCUCAGAGGCUUUAAACUGCCUUCCUGUGGUUUGGUGCUGGAAUCAUACAACUUCUGGAUUUCAGCAGAAUCCAAAAUUGGAAGCCUGUGAAGUCCAUGGGCUUAUGUCUUCUUCCUUUUAUCACCAAGUGGCCAUAAUACUUGACCAUCUCCACCUGUCUCCCCCAGGUGAAGAUUCACAAUGUUCAAAUGAAAGUUCACGAAUGGAAAUAAGUAGGAAAAUGAUUUGUGUGAUUCAUGAAUUAGCAGACUGGAAUUCCAUCCUUCUAGCACUGUCCGAAGUCUUUCAUGCUAAAACCUCUCUGAUGAAAACUGUGCAAGAAUUUUGGCAUAAGGUGUUACCAUUUGUCUCACUUUCUGGAAAUCAAAGUAAUGACAGCAUUGCUGAACAUUGUCCUGGUGGUCCCAUAAAGCAAGUUGUUUUGCAAAUCAUAGAAAAGCUAAAACGUGUCAAUUUGACAAAAGCUGCUUCUGGGGAAAACAUUCUUAACAAACUGGCUGGUGUAAAUAAGAUUUUUAACAUUACUGAGGGAACAGAGGCAUUUGUCCGAAAUAAUAUUUCCUUAAAUUUGGAAAGGAUGAUCAAGUUGAUUUCUGGGGAUUGGAGUCUAGAAGAUAACAGGCCUUAUUCACUCCUUCCAAUCACAAUUCUUCUGAAUGCAAGUCUCAUGGGUGGUGGUUUAGAAGCAUUAACAAGUUUUAUUAAAAAUAGUGAAGCUAUUUACAACCUUGAAGAACUAUGGCUUGACUUUAAACAAACCAUGAAAGACCUAACCCAUGACUUUAGUAUUAGGCACCUGUUCUCUAUAAUUAAAAAGGAAAUCCAAAGUAUAAACUCCAUGGCCCUUCAAAGCUUAGUUUCACAACUUUCCCACUUUCUGGAAAGCAUGGAUUCAUCAUCAUUGGGGACAUUAGAAAUUGAUGAAGAUUUUCUGUUGGACACAAAAAACUGGCUUCAUGAAAUUGCAAAUGAAGAUUACUCCAAAUUGACACAAACAUUAUUUGUUCCUGUGACCAUCGAGAGUUCAACUGAUGAUGUAACUAAAGAUAUGACUAACUAUUUGCAUUAUCUGAAAAACAUUUCCAGAGAAGGUGAUUUUGACGUUGACUUUCUUACUCAUCUGCUAAAUCAAGAGCAGCUAACCAAUUUCUCGGUUGUUCAGUUGCUUCUUGAAAGCAUUCUGAUUAAUUCCAUCAAUAACUUAGCUGGGAGGUCCCAAGAAUUGGCCCCAAAUUUAAGUGAUGCUGACCUUCAAAUAAUGAAUUUAAUUAACCUCACCUUGAACCACAUGCCAUCGGACCAUAGUGGGAAAACCAUUCUCCCUCCAAGGAGCACAGUGGAUUUCAUAGAACAGUUUUUGAGAACAUUCUUUCCCCCUUUACUAAAGGGAAAUUCUGAGAACAAAAUAUCUCUUUUGCUAAAAGACUUCCACCAAGAUGCUAUUGCAGAGAUGAGUUUUUUUCCAAAAGAUAAAAUUCUAGAAGUUCUGAAAUUGGAUCAAUUUCUUACCUUGAAGAAUGAAGACAAAUUCAUGGAUUUUUUCUCAAGUUUAAAGGAGACUAUAUAUCACUUAAUCAAAAGCUCAUUUAUAUUAGACAAUGGAGAACUUUAUUUUGAUAACCAUCAAGGAAUGGAAUUCAUAAAAGAUUUAUUGCAUGCCUUUGUAAGGGAAACCUCAAUGAAAAAUAAGUCUGAAGAUAAUUUCCUUACAGUGGUGAGUCAGUUGCUUUUCCAUAUAAAUAGUACUGAGGAGCUCUUCAAACUUAACCAAAAUCUCAGGUCAGUUCUUCAUCUCAUGAGAGAAAGUUCCACAGAGAUAGCCAAUCUUAUGGAUACUCUUUUAAACUCUCUAAAUAAGGACUUCCAUACCUUAUAUCCUACACUCCAAGAAGUUAUACUUUCUAACCUAACCAAUUUGCUUUCCUUUAUACAUAACUCAAAUCUUCUAAGAAACAGAGAAACAUUAGAAAUUACUAAGAGAUUACUUGGUGUUAUUUCUAGAGCUUCUGAAAAUAGUCAUGUCCUAGAACCUCUCUUAGAAAUGUCUAGAACUCUGACCAUGCUUUUGAGUGACAGUGCUGAGCUGAGAGAUCUUGCCAUAUCAGUGGACUCCACUGUGAAAUUUCUCAAACUAGCUAAGAAAGUUUCAGGGCAGAUGGCCAUGAUUUUUGACACUCAUUUCAUCUCUAGUACCAAGGACACCAUGAAAUUCUUUGACACUCUCUAUUCCUUUAUGCACCAAAGUGUUCAACAUCUUGUGAAGAAAAUAACUACUUUGAAAAAAGUAGAUCAUUUUAUAUUUGAAAAGAUAAAUGAUUCAUUACUGCCAUUUCUUGACUUGGCCUUUGGGAUGAUUGGGGUCAAACCUAAUAUUUCACAAGACUCUGAUAUUUUCAGUAUGUCAUCUAUCAUACUGUCCUACGUGAACCAAUCCAAGGACUUUUCUGAUAUUUUGGAAGAAAUGGCUGAAUUUUUAACUUCUACAAAAAUUGAUUUGGGGGUUUUGGAGCAUCUUAUGGUGGCAUUUAGUAAUGUGUCUCAAGUAUUUUCUAGGGAUUCUGUCAAUUUAUGGGAAGAAAUUCUGGAUUGCUUAGUUCCUAUAAAUAACAUUACCAGUCAAAUGGACUUUUUACAGCUUAAUCCAAAUUCUAGCCCUCAAGAUACUGAGCAGGAAAGGAUUCAUGAAGUGAUUCUUUUCUUGGAUAAAAUGUUAACAGAAAGCAGCACAGAAAUAGGAACUUACUGGAAAAUGGCGGUUAAUUUUACUUUAGAAAUUCUUUGGAAUAGCUUGAAGAAGGAUAACUGGGGUGUUUUUAAUCUAUUCCUGACAUUUGCUCAGCAUCCAGAUAACCUUUUGAAAACCAUAGAAAGAGUUGUACAGGCCUCCAGUGGAAUUGAAAGUGAGUAUGGAGAUUAUUUAAGUAAAGGUUUUUCUCUCAAUAUGUCUUUGAUUGAGAAUAUAACCCAUCAUCAACUUGAGAAAGCAACCCAGUUUGUGCUAAGUAGAAUAGCUCUCUCCAGGAAAGGGCUCCUCCCCAACAACUCCCGGUGGGCAAAUUCCAUUAGAACUGUAUUUCAUCCAGUCUUGGAGAUUUUUCUUCAGGCAGCCAUUGGAAAGAAUGGCAUGUCGGCCAAAGAAGACUGGCCCCAACAAGAUAUGAUGGAUUUUCCUUAUGGCUUCAGACCGUUAUCAUGUUUCAAGAAAUACCUGAGGAGAUUAUUUGUAUUGAUUGAAUACUGGCAGAAAGUCUCACUGACAGAUGAAAGUGUUGUUGAGAUGUGUCGAGUUUUGCAGCAGCUGGAGAAGCCCUCUGAAGCCAUCGAGAUUCUGCAGAAAGUGAAGAUGGUGGUUUUGCGUGUGCUCAUUAUCUUUGCAGAAAACCCUUCCUUGACUAAGGACAUUUUGUGUGCUACUCUGAGUUGCAAGCAAGGUGGGAUAAGGCAUCUCAUUUUAUCUGCUAUCCAAGGUGUCACUUUGGUGCACAACUACUAUCAGGAAAUUGAAAAGAUAUGGUCCUCACCUAAUCAGAUAAAUUGUGAAAGUCUUAGCAGAAAUCUUUCUAGCACCUUGGAAAGCUUCAGAAGUAACUUGGAAAAUGCCACUGACCAGGACUGCACAUGCCAGCCCCCGCUAGAGACAGUUCAGCAGCACAUGAGCACGUUGGCCAAAAGCUUCCAGAAGACUUGGUUGUCCGGGAAUUCCAUUAUCACUUUUCUUAGCAAUUUUACAGUUACCGAGAAUGUAAAAGUAAAAGAUUUGAUGAAGAACAUCACCCAGCUCACAAAAGAUCUUCGCUCUUCUAUCCACAUCUCAGAUGAGACCAUCCACAGUAUCUUAGAAGCAAAUAUUUCCCAUUCAAAGAUUCUCUCCAGUGCCCUUGCCAUGGCUCUGUCUGGAAAGUGUGAUCAAGAGAUUCUUCGCCUCCUGCUGACAUUUCCUGAAGACAAAACAUCUUUGUUUGCAAUGAAGGAACUCUGUGGCCUUCCCGGGUCGAAAGCGUAUCCUCUGAUUGUGAUGAUGAGUCAGAACCUGAACCUGCGGACUUUCAUUUAUAAAACUCUUAUACCUUCUGAAGCAAAUGGCUUGCUCAACUCCCUGUUGGAUGUCAUUUCCAGCCUCAGUGCCCUACUUGCCAGAGCCCAGCAUGUCUUCAAAUACCUUCCUGAAUUUCUUCACACAUUUAAAAUUACUGCCUUGCUAGAUAUGCCGGACUUUGGACAGGUUUCCCAAAAUGACCAGGCUAGAAGUUCAGCCUUUGGUUCUUUGCAGAAUGUGAUGAAACUGGUUUGCAAGGACCAGGCAUCAUUCCUUAGCAAUUAUAACAUGUUCCUUAAUUUGCCCAGAGUUAACGAGCUCUUGGAAGAUGACAAGGAAAAAUUCAACAUUCCUGAGGAUUCAACACCAUUUUGCUUGAACCUUUACCAACAAAUUCUCCAGUCUCCAAAUGGUGCUUUGGUGUGGUCUUUCCUAAAGCCUAUGUUACAUGGAAAAAUACUGUAUACACCCAACACUUCAGAGAUUAAUAAGGUCAUUCAAAAGGCUAAUUACACUUUUUAUUUUGUGGACCAUCUAAAAAUUUUAUCAGAAACACUACUGAAGCUAUCAAGUCUUUUCCAGGGAAGUGGAAAUGGCCAGAUGUUCAGCCAACUGCAGGAAGCGCUGAACAACAAAAUCAUAAGAAAAUUUGUAGAAAGCCAGUUUCACAUUGAUGUGGACAAACUCACUGAAAACCUCCAGACUUAUGGAGGGAUGCUAGACAAGAUGUUUAACCAUGUAGGAGCUGGACGCUUCCGUUUCUUGGGCCAAAUCUUGGUGAAUCUCUCUUCUUGCGUGGUAUUGGAUCGCUUCCAGGCUGUGGAGUCAGCUGACAUCCUGGAAACUAAAGCCCAUGAACUCAUGAAUAAAAACAACUUCUUGGCCAGUGUCAUAUUCAACAGUUCCUUAGUCCGCAGGAGAAUCAGAUCGACAUCUCUCAAAUUGCCACCCCAUGUCACAUAUACAAUUCGGACCAGCGUCUUACACAGCAUGAGAACAGAUAUGAUAAAAAACCCUUCUUGGAAGUUCCAUCCUCAGAGUCUACCAGCUGAUGGGUUAAAAUAUAACUACAUCUUUGUCCCACUGCAAGACAUGAUUGAAAGAGCCAUCAUUGAAGUACAGACUGGCCAGGAAGCCCUGGAGCCGACCACUCAGACGCAGGCAGCCCCCUACCCAUGCCACACCAGUGACCUAUUCUUGAACAAUGUCGGUUUCUUUUUCCCUCUGAUAAUGAUGUUGACUUGGAUGGUAUCGGUGGCCAGCAUGGUCCGAAAACUGGUUUAUGAGCGGGAGAUCCAGAUAGAAGAGUACCUGCGGAUGAUGGGAGUGCAUCCAACAACUCACUUCCUGGCUUGGUUCCUGGAGAAUGCAGCCAUGCUGACCUUGAGCAGUGCUGCUCUGGCCAUCAUUCUGAAAACAAGUGGCAUCUUCACCUACAGCAAUGCAAUCAUCAUCUUCCUCUUCCUCCUGGAUUUUGGGGUGUCAGUUGUUAUGCUGAGUUACUUCUUGAGUGCAUUUUUCAGCCAAGCUAAUACAGCAGCCCUGUGUACCAGCCUGGCAUACAUGAUCAGCUUUCUUCCCUACAUAGUUCUGUUGGUUCUACACAACCAACUAAGUUUUGUUAUUCAGACAUUUCUGUGCCUCCUCUCAACAACUGCCUUUGGACAAGGAGUAUUUUUCAUUACAUUCCUGGAAGGACAAGAGGCAGGGAUCCAGUGGACUAAUAUGUACCAGGCUCCAGAACCAGGGGGCAUGACAUUUGGCUGGGUUUGCUGGAUGAUUCUGUUUGAUUCAAGCCUUUACUUUUUAUGUGGAUGGUACUUCAGCAACUUGAUUCCUGGAACUUUUGGUUCAAGGAAACCAUGGUAUUUCCCCUUCACUGCAUCAUAUUGGAAGAGUAUAUGUGGCUGGGUGGAGAAACAGCGACGCUCUCUAAGUUCUAGUUUGUUCUUCUUCAAUGGGAACUUUGACAAUCCAGAGUCAUUGCCGCAAAGCAGAGGAGAGCUUGAAGGAGACGCCCCAGGAGUCACUCUGCUGUCUGUGACUAAGGAGCAUGAGGGCCACAAGGUGGCUGUCCAAGACCUCACCCUCACCUUUCACAGAGGCCAAAUCACCGCACUGCUGGGGACCAACGGUGCCAGGAAAACCACCAUCAUAUCCAUGUUGACAGGGCUCUAUCCUCCCACUUCUGGGGCCAUCAUGAUCAAUGGAAAGAAUCUGCAGACAGACUUGUCCAGGGUCAGGAUGGAGCUGGGGGUGUGUCCGCAGCAGGACGUCCUAUUUGCCAAUCUCACCGUCCGGGAACAUCUCCUACUCUUUGCUUCCAUAAAGGCACCCGGGUGGACCCAGAAGGAGCUACAGCAGCAAGUCAACAAAACUCUCAAGGAUGUGGGGCUAAUUCAGCAUCAGCACAAACAAACUCAAACUCUCUCUGGAGGCCUGAAGAGGAAGCUCUCGAUUGGCAUUGCUUUCAUGGGCACAUCAAGGACAGUGGUUCUGGAUGAACCUACAAGUGGGGUGGACCCUUGCUCCCGGCGCAGCCUCUGGGACAUUCUGCUCAAGUAUCAGGAAGGUCGCACGAUCAUCUUCACAACCCACCACCUGGAUGAAGCUGAGAUGCUCAAUGACUAUGUGGCUGUCCUGCAGCAGGGGCAGCUCAAGUGCUGCGGUCCUCCUUUCUGAUUGACAGAGGCCUAUGGCCAGGGACUCAACCUGACUCUCACAAAGCAACCCUCUGUUUCUGAGGUCCAUGAUCUCGAGGACAUAGCUUGUGUUACAUCCCUGAUACAGCUCUAUGUACCAAAAGCAUUUCUCAAAGACAGCAGUGAGAGUGAGCUGACCUUUGCCAUCCCAAAGGACACAGACAAGGCCUGCCUCAGGGAGCUCUUCCAGACCCUGGAUCAGAACUUAGAGCAAUUGCACUUGAUGGGAUAUGGAAUCUCAGACACCACAUUGGAGGAGGUACUAAGAUAUGCAGAAGCUUUUGUGGCCAGUCUCCAUGCAAUGAAGAGACUUGGGCAGAGGGAGGGGAUGGAGAACAUG